AUGAUCUACAAAAUUCUGGAAUCCUUGCCGGCCGAGGCUGUUCAGAACGGCACCGUCAACCCCGAAACCGUGCUGCCUGGCGUGCCCCUUGAUAUCCAGGACGGCUUCAUCCACCUUAGCACCAAGGCUCAGCUGCUGGAGACGCUCAACAAGUACUUCAACAAGCACGACCGCGUUUAUCUGCUGGCGAUUGACAUUCCCGACACUCCCGGCGCCCCAUUAACCGAGGGUGCCGUGGGUUGCAAGCCCGGAUGUCGACUACAGUGGGACUUUGUGCGAUCGCGAAACGAAAAGUUUGCGCACAUCUACGGACACCUCACCAAUGGAGACAUUUCCGAAAUCAAGGAGCUGGAACGAGGCCCCGACGGCUGGAGCUUGUGGUAA